AUGCGGUGGCAGGCUCUUAGAAGAUUCGGUCAAAAGCUGGUGCGUAGACGCAUGUUGGAGCCAGGCAUGGGCGACACCCGCCUUGCCAGAUGCCUAACCACCCUCGACUUAGUGGCCCUGGGUGUGGGCAGCACAUUGGGUGCAGGUGUGUAUGUCCUGGCUGGUGAGGUGGCCAAAGAUAAAGCAGGGCCAUCCAUUGUGAUCUGCUUUUUGGUGGCUGCUUUUUCUUCUGUGUUGGCUGGACUGUGCUAUGCUGAGUUUGGUGCCCGGGUCCCCCACUCUGGUUCUGCAUAUCUCUACAGUUAUGUCACUGUUGGUGAACUCUGGGCCUUCACCACCGGCUGGAACCUCAUCCUCUCCUACGUCAUUGAUGAGAUAGACGCUUGGGGUACAGCCAGUGUGGCCUGGGCUUGGAGCUCUGCUUUUGACAAUCUGAUUGGGAACCACAUCUCUGAGACUCUGAAGGGGACCAUCUCACUGCAUGUACCCCGUGUUCUUGCAGAAUAUCCAGAUUUCUUUGCUUUGGCCCUUGUGUUGCUGCUCACUGGAUUGUUGGCCAUGGGGGCGAGUGAAUCAGCCCUGGUUACCAAAGUGUUCACAGGGGCCAACCUCUUGGUUCUAGGGUUUGUCUUCAUCUCUGACUUCGUUAUGGGAGACCCGAAGAACUGGAGCCUCACAAAAGAGGACUAUUGCUUGACCAUUGGUGGACCCAAUGACACUUGUAGCUUUGAGCCUAUGGGCUCUGGAGGUUUCAUGCCUUUUGGCGUGGAAGGGAUGCUCCGUGGCGCUGCUACCGCUACCUGUUUCUAUGCCUUCGUUGGUUUUGACUGUAUUGCGACCACCGGGGAAGAGGCUCAGAAUCCACAGCGCUCCAUCCCUAUGGGAUUGAUAGAGGCAGUGCCCACUUUUAACCCGCAGCGCACACGGAAAGGGAUGUGGGUAUUGGGUGUGAGAAAGGGCUCUCAGAGUUGUCCUGAGGUUCUUGGCCUCCUAUUCCGUGUCCUUGCUAGGGUACGCAGUGACACACACACCCCCAUUGUGGCCACUGUGGUAUCUGGUGUUAUCGCAGCAUUCAUGGCCUUCCUCUUCGAGCUGGCUGAUCUUGUAGACCUCAUGUCGAUUGGGACUCUGCUCGCUUACUCUCUGGUUUCCAUCUGUGUUCUCAUUCUCAGAUAUCAGCCUGACCAGGAAAUGAAGAAUGGGGAAGAGGAAGUGGAAUUACAGGAGGAGAAGACAGUUGAAGCAGAGAAGCUGACUGUCCAGGCCCUGUUUUACCCAGUCAGCUCCAUCCCCACCCCCCUUCCUGGCCGAGUUGUCUAUGUUUGCUCCUCACUGCUUGCUCUACUACUGAUUGCUCUUUGCCUGGUGCUGAAAUGGUGGACAACUCCACUUAGUUCUAGAGACCCAGUGUGGGUCACAGUGAUUGUGCUGAUCCUGGGGCUCAUUCUUGGAAUUGUUGGAGUUAUCCAGAAACAGCCACAGAGCAACACCCCCCUUCACUUUAAGGUGCCUGGUCUGCCUCUGCUCCCACUGGUGAGCAUCUUUGUGAAUGUUUACCUGAUGAUGCAAAUGACAGCUGGCACUUGGGCCCGAUUUGGGAUCUGGAUGCUGGUUGGAUUUGCUAUCUACUUUGGCUAUGGGAUCCAGCACAGUGUGGAAGAAGUUAAGAAUCAUCAAACCCUACCCAGACCAAGGGCCCGAACUGUAGACCUUGAUCUCACCGCUUCCUGUGUUCACACAGUUUGACCUAAUCAUACCUGAGUGCUGUCUAAGCCCCUUACACAAUCAUGGGGAGCACUCUUGACCCCACGGAGAGCUGGGCCUCUCCUGUGAUACUAGUGGGGAUACUAAAUAGAGCUCUAUUUAUUGUGGAACAGUGGAUGUGUCUCCUUUACUGUUUCUCCUUUACUUUUUGUUUACUUGUCUACUUUGAAAUCGUCUCUAGUUGUUUCCUGGCUUUGGGAAAAAUGCUAUUAAAGAAAACUCGG